UGAAUGGAUCACGCGGCAGUUUUCAUAACAUUGCCUGAGACGGACAAAUCCAUAAUUUAGCCAUUGGUUCUUUAAUUCCAAAGAGAACCAGUAAGGUGUUUCUGUUCACUGUAUUCCUCUGGUUGAAAGUCAGACAAACUAGCUGAUGUUGUCCCUGAGGCUUUGGUUCUCUUCUUUAGCCACUCACAACACCCUUUCAUGUUCUUCGCGAAGAUCCUUGUUUUUGGUUCCUCAUCAAAUACUCAACAACAACACCCUAAUAAGCAACACCUCCAAAAUUCUUAGUUGCUGCUAUGAGAAACCCAUUAAGCAAAAUGGGAUUUUUUCAGUUGCCAGUGACCUCCAAUCUUCUUCUUUUUCUUCUUCCUUCCCCAAAGAUUCUCCCUUUUCAGGAUUGGAGGAUGCUUUGGUGAGUUAUCUCUUUGGGAAGAAGAGGGCAACUGACAUUGCUCACAUGGUGUGGAAACAUGUUGUUCAGAAAGGAGACACUGUCAUUGAUGCCACUUGUGGCAAUGGUUUUGACACCUUAGCAAUGCUUAAUUUGGUUGCUGAUGAUUCUCAUAAUGGUUGUGUAUAUGCAUUGGACAUUCAAAAAGAUGCUUUAGAUAACACUUCACUUUUGCUGGAAGAAUCACUUAAUCCCAAUGAGAAACAACUUGUCAAGCUCUUCAAUAUCUGCCAUAGUAAAAUGGAGAAUGCUGUUCCAAGGAAUGCCUCAGUUAGGCUUGUUGCAUUCAACUUAGGUUAUCUUCCAGGCGGUGACAAAGAGAUAAUAACAAGAUCAAAAACAACAUUACUAGCAUUGGAAGCUGCAAAGAGAAUUCUAAUGCCAGGUGGGCUUAUCAGCAUAGUGGUUUAUGUUGGGCACCCUGGAGGAAGGGAAGAGUUGGAAGUUGUUGAAUCUUUUGCUGGUAGAUUGUGUGUUGAGAAUUGGAUCUGCUGCAAGCUCCAGAUGUUAAACCGGCCAUGUGCUCCAAUACCAAUUUUCUUAUUCAAAAGAUAAUGUAAAUUAAUACCUUCUCUGAUUUCUUGGUUACAAUUCAUUAACGUUCCUAGUCCUUAUAAAACAAUAAAUUCUAUUUUGCCAGAUUUAUUUAACCAAAGUGAUUGUCUUUACCAAAGGCUUCAUUUGAA